GAAAGUCAUAUGGGGAUCUCGGUAACGUCUUCCGUUACAGUCCCUGCGCUUUCCCCGGAAGCAAUUGCCGAAGUCGCGUUGCCGAUCACGCAGGCCAAUAGUUCUCCAUCUGGUGGAACAAGCGCUGCAAGUACCUCUCCAUACAUGGCAUGAGAUAGUGGUUAGCAGGUUUAUGCCACUUGCGUAUAAAUCCAAGCUCGUUCAUGCUGCUUCAAAUGCAAACUCAUCAUCUCUAUUCUCUUCCAAUCCGCUUCUGUCUCCCGGAAAUUCUCGUCCUUCGACAAAGCAAACUCGUCAUACUAUGUCAGUUCAAAGGUUUGACGUUGCCGUUGUAGGCCUCGGCGCCCUGGGAAGCUCAGCAGCAUACCAAGCAGCCAUCAAAGGCGCCAAAGUCAUUGGCUUUGAGCAGUAUGAGCUUGGCCAUGUAAGAGGUGCAUCCCACGACACAUCACGCAUUGUCAGAACUUCCUACGGAGCCCCCGAAUUUGUGGCUCUCGCCCGCUCAGCAUACAAGGACUGGGCUGAGAUUGAGAGACGUUCUGGUCUGAAGAUGCUCACCAUCACUGGUGGUGUCGUUUUUCUUCCCAAGGAGGGACCUAAUGGUUCUCACACCUUCGCAAACAGCUUGGAUGCCAAUGGAAUCCCUUACGAGCUUGUGGAUGCCGCCGAAGCAAAUCGCCGAUGGCCCGGUUUCAACGUCCCCGACAGCGUUGAUACCAUCUACACCCCAGACACAGGCAUCGCCCAUGCUGCCAAAUCAGUCACAACUAUUCAGUAUCUAGCUCGUGGUAGUGGGGCUAUUCUCAAGGACAAUACCCGCGUGGAUGCCGUGGUACCACAAGCCAGCGGUGGUGUCCUUGUCAAGACAUCCCAGGGUGAUUUCCACGCGAAAAAGGUUAUUAUCGCUGCCGACGCCUGGACCAACAAGCUUCUUAAGCCCCUUGGCGUUGAGCUACCUAUUACCGUUAUGCAGGAGCAGGUUACGUACUAUAAGCCCAAGCCUGAGCAUGAGGCUCGCUUCGAGAGUGAUAAGUUCCCAGUAUGGAUUUGGGGCGGGGCGGAUUCAAGUGAGAAGUGGUUUUAUGGAUUUCCCUUGUAUGGCGAGCCAACGCUCAAGGCAGGUCAGGACGCGGGUAGGAAUGAUAUCACGCCUGAAGAGCGUACCUGGGUUCCUUCGGAGAGGCUGCGUAAGGAGCUAACGACCUUUGUUAAUGGUCUUAUUCCAGACCAUGGUGAGGAGCUGCGGACGGUUACCUGUCAAUACACUAUCACCCCUGACCGUCAGUUCAUUAUCAGCCCAAUGGAGAAGCACAAAGACAUUAUUGUUGCUCUCGGCAAUGCUCAUGCUUUUAAGUUCGCACCGGCAAUUGGUCGUGUGACUGCUGAGCUAGCAUUGGAAGGGAAGGCGACUGAUGACCUCUCCAAGUUCGGGUUCCCACAGCCGACUACAAGCAAGCUAUAAUCAGAUAAAUGCCGACUUGUAUAAGAUAGCUUGUAUGUCUUAAACUCAUAACAGUUAGGCUUAAAUUGACUUUCGCUUUAUCUUG